UCGUUGUAACUCUAGCUAUGAUUUUUCCAUAAAAAUCAUUCGUCAAUGUACAAUGCUUAAGUGAAGUUUGCUUGAGCUUAGGAAUUUCUGAACCGAUUUAUGAUGGCUAGUCUCAACGUCGAACGUGGCAUUAUUGUCAAGAUAUGCGUUGAAAAUUUUGUGACCUACGAUCAUGCGAUAAUAAAGCCAGGCAGAAAUCUGAACGUUAUAAUUGGUCCCAAUGGAACGGGCAAAUCUACAAUUGUUUGCGCCAUAGUCCUGGGCUUGGGAGGAAAACCAAAAGUUAUCGGAAGAGCGUUACACGUCGGAGAAUAUGUGAAAUCUGGUCGGCAGAAGGGAAAAAUCGAAAUUGAAUUGAAAAACCCUGGGAAAAAGAAUCAUAUUGUGACCAGAAUAAUAACGUCGGAUGGACACACGCAAUGGAUGCUUAAUGGAAAACAAGUUAGCCUGAAAGAGGUGGAACAAUUGACCAAGAGUCUCAACAUUCAAGUUGACAAUCUGUGUCAGUUUUUGCCACAAGAUAAAGUUCAAGAUUUUUCUAAAAUGAAUCCCCAAGAGCUACUCGAAAACACGGAGAGAUCUGUGGGAGACCCUAUGCUACUCGAAUAUCACACUAAGCUAAAAGAGCAUCGAAAGCGGCACAUUGCUCUGCAGGAACAACUGACUAACAAGGGUAAUUUGCUGGAACGACAAACGCAAAAGUUCGUUAGAUUAAAGGAGAUUGUCGGCAGUAUUAAAGAACGAACUGCUAUAAAGAAGAAGAUCUUGAAUCUGAAACAGAAAAAGGCUUGGCUCCAGUAUGAUCAAGGUCGUCGGCAAUUAAUGGAAGCAAAACAAGAGCGAGAUGCAGCUCUCAAAGAACAAAACGCAUUACAAGAAGCCAUGAAACCAAUUGAUAAAGCUGUGGCUAAGAUGACAUCUCGUUAUGAUGCUGCUGGGCGCACAGUUAAUUCCCAAAGUAAGGAAUUGGUGACUAAAGCUCGCAACUUGAGGAAUAUGAUUGAUCAACUUCUUUCAUAUGAGGAAAAAAUUCAGGAAAGAGACAAAUCACUUGCGGCCCAGAUACAUGCAGAAGUAACUCGUGAUCAGGAAAUUGCCAAUGCACAGCAGUUGAAAAGCAAGCUUGAAAACGAUCUCGAACUUAUAACCAAUGAAUUUGGAGAUGAGAAAUCCCUGGCGGAAAAACAACAAGACAUAUUACAUCGUAUAGAAAAACACAGAGCUUCCAUAAACCAGUUUGCAAACCAUGUACAUAGAUUCAAACAAGAGGAAGAUCAGAUUAGGUCACAAAUACGAGUCGUUGAGGGCGAGCUGCAGUCUGUCAAAGACGUGGAGAAGCAACGUUUAGCGUUGUUAAGGCAGAGGAGUCAGGAUGCAUACAAGGCUGUCGUAUGGUUGAGAGAGAACACUGAUAAAUUUUCUCGCACAAUUCACGAACCAAUGUUAAUCACGAUUAACGUAAAAAGUGCCAAAUAUUCAAAGUAUUUCGAGAAUAUUAUUUCAAAUCGUGAUUUAUGCGCAUUUGUUUGUGAGAACAAACAGGACAUGAAUUUGCUGAUGCAGUUUUUGAGAGAUCAGCAGAAACUCCAAGUCAAUUGCAUUCAUUCAGAUCCUGACAGAAGAAUCAACAUGAAUCCUAAUAUACCUAUCGAGCACAUUGCACAAUAUGGUUUUGAGAACUACUUGAGCGCACUUGUCGACGCUCCUCAGACUAUUCUAAACUAUUUGGUAACCAACUAUCGAAUACACAACAUACCAGUGGGGAAUGACAAUGUUGAAAACAACGCUCAAAACGUCCCUUGGACAAUAAAUUGCUUUUAUAGUCGAAAUAAAUCAUAUUUUGUAUCUCAGUCUAAAUACACCCGCGAAAAAUCCACCAAAAUGUCAGCAGUUGCAGGCAAUGGUUUGCUUUCUGUAAUCCUGGAUACCAAUAAGCUGGAUGACAUCCAACAAAGAUUGGGAUUGCUUGAGGAACGUAAGACAGUAGUAGCACAAAAAGUUGUAGCAAUUGAAAAGAAACUUGCGGAUGCUGAGAAAGAAAUGGUAGAACUUAGGGCAGAAAGAGGGCAAUGUCAGCAUCACAUUGAACAAAUGAAAACAGUCAGAUCCAGAAUCGCGAUGACAAUACAACGCAUCGAUUUGCUACAAACGCAAAGAACGAGUAUAGAAGAAAUCAAGGAAACGUGCAAGAGAGAAAUUCAGGCAGUCAUAAAAACACAAGUCAAAGUUUUUAAAAAAUAUAAUGAAGCCUUGGAGGAAUACAUAGAGACCAGUAAAAACGGUGCUUGUUCUAAGUUGGAAAUGAAACUGUUGCAACGCACGCUAGUUGCCAAACAAAAUGAAUAUCGUGAGAUGAAAGAAAGAUGUGAUACAGCUGUACGAACUGUUCGUAAAUGUGAAAUGGAAUUACAACCCUUGAGAACCGAAGCAAGCAGAUUACGAGAAGCAGCUAAGGUUAUGACGGAUGAUCUUGAACCACAAGAUAAAGGUUUUGAAAGAUUUAACAAAGCUUUUUCAAAAUUGCCCACCAACAUCGAAGAUAUUAACGAUGAAUUAAAAGUAUCUCAAGCGAAAGUCUUCUGUUUGGGUAAUAAUGCAGAUGGAGACAAUGUUCUUCAAGAGUUUGAGAAAGUAAAAGUUGAUGUCGAAGAGUUGAAACAAUAUAUAGAAACAAAGACAGCUGAAGUUCACAGCAUUAAUCAAGAGAUGGAAAAUAUUCGUGAGAAAUGGAUACCGCCAUUGCAACAAUUAGUUGACGAUAUAGAUAAAAACUUUAGUUCUUAUCUAGCCAGUCUGAAUUGUGCCGGAGAAGUGUCUAUAACUCACGGAGAAAAUAUUAUGGAUUUUGAAGAAUACGGACUUAAAAUUCGGGUAAAGUUUCGCGACACUGACGAACUUCAAGAAUUAACGCGAACGCAUCAAAGUGGAGGGGAAAGAGCAGUAACUACUGCAAUAUACAUGAUCGCCUUACAAGAAUUGUCGACCGUUCCGUUCCGUUGUGUUGACGAAAUCAAUCAGGGUAUGGACGCAAUCAACGAGCGUCGAAUUUUCGAACUGAUUGUUAAUAUCACAGGAAAAUCUAAUGGAUCCCAGUACUUCUUGCUCACGCCAAAGUUGCUGCCUGCAUUGUUAUAUACAGAAACUGUAACCGUUCACUGCGUGUUCAACGGUCCGUUUGUAACCUCACCCAGGGAGUUUGAUAUGAACGAAUAUUGUGAAGAACUCGUGUACGAAAAUGGCGAAAGGCAACAAUGACAAAACUCCAAUAACUUAUGCGCACGUGUAUAUAUAUAUAUAC